AGUUUGAUGUUAUACGCCGAUCGCGUCAAAUACAUUUACUUUCAGUUUUCUUACUGUAAGCAUUUCAAAAAUGCAACGUAAAAUGUACAUGAAUUAGUCUAUAUCGGGGCACCAUGAUCAUCGGUUGGUGCUUCAUCUGUGCAUUUGCUGUGCUGAUAAACAAAGUGCAUCCACAGGUCACAGUAGUUGGUUUUACUGGCGGAUCUGUUGUCCUGCCGUGUUCUUCAACUGAACAUGAUCUUGAACUUCAAGAUGUUAAUGUGCUUUGGAGACACAAUGGCAGUGAGCCUAUUUAUGAUUUAAUUAGAGGUGAACAUUCAGUAACACAACAGAAUCCACGGUACAAGAACAGAGCGAAAACUUUCCCUGAGGAGUAUUUGAAAGGAAACUUCUCCAUCAAACUUAACAAUCUCACUCACAAUGAUGCAGGAGAGUUCAGCUGCUUCAUCACACAUUUGUCUGAUUCUAAACAGGAGACUGUAUGGCUGAUCAUUAACGAAUCAACAGUAGAAAAAGAAAAUAAUUCCACCGAACACACAAACCAAGAACCAGAAACAAAACCAGACCGUCAGAAUAUAUUUGUAAUCUGUCUUUACAUUAUUUUAAUUUUAAUAAUUACUGUGCCUAUAAUAACUUGUUUCGUAUUUCAUGUGAAAAAUGUUGUAUAUGGAGCUCAAGCUCCCGUAUACACAGAAGGAACUGUGUCAAAGUGAUGGUUCUGUUGCACACUGCAAGCAUCAGCGCCAUCUAAACAGCCUGCAUUUUCCAUGUUAACAAAUGAGUGUUUACAUCUGAAGCAUGAGCAGCAUGUCAUUUUCUGCUGCAUUCUCUCCCCUUAUAUAGUCUUGUUACACUGUUGCUGACAGAAAUCAUGGUGCACUGCUUGUUCUUAUAACAACGAGAUCUUGAAACGCUGAAACAGGAACUUUUUUGCUGUCAGUUCUGGAAAUAUGUUGCUGCCUUAAUUCUGUACCACAGGUGUUUUUUGUCAGAAAAAAAAAAGAAAAAAAAGAAGUAUUAUUUGUGUUUCUUAUUUCAUUAAUUUCUUGUAUUUCAUUAAUUCCUGAUAACACAUCAGCCAUUUUAAUUCUGUUUGCACAUAGUCUGCUCAAGGUAAAACUCGUGCUCAUGUUUAAGAUUGUUACAAGGCUCUGCAGAUGUUGUUAAUAAUUAUGAAAGCUGCAUUUACUCCAGGUAUUAUGCUGCUCACAAACCCACCAUAUCGUCAUAUAAUUCAAUAAAUAUAUAAUUUAAAAGCGUGAACAAGAUGCUGUAAUAGAUCCCAGUCUGUUUUUUGUUUUGUUUUGUUUUGUAAUAUUAAUUUCUAAUAUUAAUACUAAUAGAUGUUGUUACUUUCAGAUUUGAUUUCAGACGAGACCUUUGUUUUGUUUUUAGACAUUUGUAAGAAUUGUAUUCUUUUCUGCAUUCUUUUAAUUUUAUUUAUUUAUACUUGUAUGUAUUUAUUGAUGGGUGGAUGGAAUUUAGUGAAGGAUGAAGUGACUUAUCUAGAUAUGAUGUAAUUUCUAAAAAUAUGUGCAGUAGAUGUUUUGA